CGGACUGCCGCGGCGGCGUAAGGAAGGCUGCGCCGUGAUGGACCUGGAGGAGGCGAAAGAAUUCAAGGAACGCUGUUCUCAGUGUGCUGCUGUCUCCUGGGGUCUUACUGAUGAAGGCAAAUAUUAUUGUACUUCUUGCCACAAUGUUACAGAAAUAUCUAAGGAAGUUUUAAAUACUGACAUCAUUCCUAAUAGUAAAAUUCAAGCCAUCAACCGGGGACUUAAAAAAAAAAGAAAACUUGAGAAAGGCUGGGAUUGGUAUGUUUGUGAAGGUUUCCAGCACAUACUUUAUCAACAAGCAAACGCCUUAAAGACUCUUGGUGUAGGCCCAGAAUUAAAGAAUGAAGUUUUACAUAAUUUUUGGAAGCGCUACCUUCAGAAGAGCAAGCAGGCAUAUUGCAAAAACCCAGUUUAUACCAGAAAAAGGAAAGCUACGGUAUUAAGAGAUAAUGCAAAUCAUUCUGACUGGGAUAGUGAGCCUGACCUGCUAAGUGAUCUUAGCUGUCCUUCUUUCACUGAAAGUGGAUCCAGGUCUCAGACUGAUGAUGAUGCUCAGCCGCCUUUCCCCAUCAUCAGAACAUCACAGUCAGAGAUGACAUCCAUCUGUUCGGGGUCACUUGAUGGUGUAGAAUAUUCACAGCGAAAAGAGAAGGGAAUUGUGAAGAUGACUGUGCCGAAGACACUUGCUUUCUGCUACCUGUCAUUACUUUGGCAGAGAGAAACAAUCACUCUUUCAGAUCUUCUGAGAUUUGUUGAAGAGGACCAUAUUCCUUACAUAAAUGCUUUUGAACAUUUUCCAGAAAAGAUGAAAUUAUAUGGGCGUGACAAAGGAAUCUUUGCUAUAGAGUCUUGGCCCAACUAUGAGGAUAUCUAUAAACAAGCAAUUGAAAUCGCCAUAUUUUUAGAUUUACCUCAUUUUCCAUACAUAACUGAAGAUUGCUACCUUCACCCAAAGAUCCUGUGUAUGAAGUACUUGAUGGAAGUCAAUCUCCCAGAUGAAAUACACGAUUUUACCUGCCAAGUGGUAAAAAUGACCGGAAUAGGAGAAGUGGAUUUUCUGACAUUUGAUCCUGUAGCUAAAAUGCCAAAAACUGUUAAAUAUGAUGUACAGGCUGUAGCUAUCAUCAUCGUCGUCUUAAAGCUUCUUUUUUUAUUGAAUGACAAUUUAGAAUGGUCCUUGUCUAAUCUUGCUGAGAAGCAUAAUGAGAAGAAUAAAGAAGAUAAGCCAUGGUUUAAUUUCAGAAAAUGGUACCAAAUUAUGAAGAAAUCUCUUGAUGAGAAAAAGCAAAAAUGGAAAGAAACUAGAGCAAAGUACUUCUGGAAAAGUGAAAAACCCCUCUACUAUUCAUCUAUUGAUAAAUCUGUAGUAUAUAAAAAAAGAGAAAUGGUGGUGAAUCUACAAAAACAAUUUAGUGCAUUGGUGGGUUCAGCACCAACUACUGAAAAAAAGAGCCCUUCAAGUUUUCAGUUCAACUGGACGGAAGAAGACCCUGACAGAACUUGUUUCCAUGGACAUAGCCUCCAGGGAAUCCUAAAGAAGAAAGGCCAGUCACUGACAACCAAGAAUUCUCUCUACUGGCUUAGUACACAGAGAUUCUGCAAAAGCUAUUGUAAACAUGUGACAACCUAUGAAGAAUCCAGCUUUUCUCUGACUUAUCAGUUUAUCCUCGAUCUCUUUUCUUUCCUGCUGAGAAUCAAGACCUCCUUGCUCCAUGAAGAAGUGAGCUUAAUUGAGAAGAGACUCUUUAAAUCAAGAUACAGUAAAAUAGUAAAGAAGUCUUCAAGAUCUGGAAAAGCAAAAAGAAGUUGAUAAGAAUAAGUUUGGGGGAGCAGAGUGCUUGUCUUACAUGCAGUUUACCUGGGUUUGAACCCCAGCACCGCAUAUGUUCCCCUGAGUCCCACCACUUAUCUGAACACUUGUCACCAGGUUUGGCCCAAAAACCAAAAAAAAAAAAAAAAAAAAGAAUGAAGUAAGAA